AUGACGUCCCAGGAGCGAAUCACCGUGCACAACUUAGCAGAUCUAAAGAACACAUCCGACGAUGCGAUACCUAACUACCUCAACUCGCUCAAGUUCAAGCAAGACCACAGCCUCAUCGACACGCGCCUAGCCCUCGGCUACGGCGCCUUCGCCAUCGCCGCCGCCUGCUUCUUGUGGGACUACAAGCUCGGGUUCGAGAGCACGAAGUGGUUCACGGCCGCCGCCGUGGCGCUGUACUCCGUCAUCAACGGCGCGCUGACGAUAUGGAUAAUGUUCGUGGAGAAGGGCACGGUGUACCAAGGCACUUCUCCUAAUGGAUCAAAGAUCUCCGUCUCGACUUCGACAGUGAAGAACGAACCAACAUACUGCGUCGCCGUAGAAGUCACCCCGAAAGGCGGCAAGCCCAGCAAGAUCGAGUUCAAGCGCUCUUUCACCGAAUGGUUCGACGCGCAGGGCCACUUCGUCGCGCUCCCUUUCCAGAUCAUGCUCGCCACGACGGUGCCGCUGGUCGCCCAGGCCGAUCCCAAACGUGCUGCCGCCGCUGUCCCGCCUUCCUCUGCGUCCACCGUGUCCUCUGAUUUCGUCAACGUGGAUUCCGAGACCCUUGAUGCCCUCGCUGCUGCUGAGACGACGGGUGCUGAGAGUAGUGCUGCGGCCGCUGCUGGUGGCAAGAAGUCGAAGAGGAGAAAGGUGUAG